GCGAACUUACAUCACUGCUUAUCUUGCGUAGGCAUGUUGCAAGACCAUUAUCCCCCGGAACUUCCGGGGACCGGACCUACAUAUCGCGGUAAGGUACCGGGCUGGGCCGGCCAGGGGCGUGAUCUACGGCAUACUACUACUAGAUCAUGUCUUACAAGCUCAUGUGGCACUUGACAAUGACAGACUUCGGAAAUUUAUAGCCAGCAGAGGCAGAGCUGUACGAGACACAGAUGAAGCUAAUAUUCAUGCCACAUGUAGUAAAGAAGCUAGAACUCUAGAAGAGGUAAUUUCAUCAGAUUCAAGGCAAGCCAAGACCCAAUAUCAUCUGACUGAAGUGAAGACGUCUGAACUUUGUCUUUGUGUGACUGAGACCUUCUUCACAUUUUCGUCAAUGUUUUUAUACUAUAGUUUACGUUCUUGCUGUCAAUGUGAACAAUUCAUACUUAUGAGUGAAGAAAAAUCAGCUUCUAGUGUCGAUAUUGAAUUUGUCAACUUGUCAAGAUGAGUUACCUGUCAAACCCUCUGUUGACGGGUUCAUUGUCAUCCGGUCUAACAGCAACAAAGCGAAAGGCAAGGGAUGACGGUAGCAGUCAAGCGUCGGUCCCAAGCAAGCAGGCGUCCACUGGAAUGUCCCUCCAAAACAGUAGCCUCCUCCUUGGAAGCUCCCUACUUGGUGGCGUCUCCAAGAAAGAUGGCAAGUCCCAAUUCGGGCUGGGCAUGAAGUCAUCUAUCCUGGGCACGAAGUCCCCACUGAUUGAAAACAAGCUGCUCUCUUCUGCAACAGCCAAUACUGGUUUGCAUAGUAAGCUCCAGGGCAGCUCUGGAAGAUCCCUUCUAGCAGGUGGAAGCUUGCUAUCGAUGGGCAGCUCUCUCUCAUCAUCAUCCUCUUUAUCAGCCUCAGGGUACGGCAGCAUCCUGAAGGGUUCCCAGAAGACCCGCAGCUUGAGCCGUAGCAACAGCACCCAAGCUGAGGAGUCCAAGACCAAGAAGAUCAAAGCCCAGCAUCUUCCAGAGCAGUUGAAGGAGGACAAUAUCAUUGACCCAACCCUUACCACAUGUGAGCUGCCAGACUACGAUUUCUCACGACAGCUUCCAGUUGCAAAGCCAGCUGUGCAGGAAUAUGAUCACCAGUUUGAGAAGCUGGACGUGGCCAAAACUCUGACAACAAAGCCAGGGGAAAAUUACUCAACAAAAUUAAAGCAACAGUUCAUCAAUGCUGUUAGUGCUUCCCUGAUCGGUGGCCCAAACUUUCAUGAGCGUGGAGAUAGCACAAGAAAGAAUAUCAACAGGCAGGCCACUUCCAUCAUCAACGAAGAUCCUGAAUUUAUUCUAAAGGUUGCACUGUAUACGAGGAAGGAGUUGAAUAUUCGUACCACAGCCAAUUUCCUGCUAGCUCUUGCGGCCAUGACCCCCGAAUGCCGACCUUUUCUCAGGAAGUAUUUCAGCUCCAGCAUUGCCCUGCCAUCUGAUUGGAUAGAUGUAGCAGAACUUUACCAGACAUUCCAUGAUAAGAAUAUCAACUACGGAUCCCUGCCAUCGGCCCUUCGCAAGGCCAUGAUUGAUCGAUUUCCUCGCUUUGAUCAGUACCAGCUUGCAAAGUACAACAAGGACAAGAAGAAGAAGAAACCCGCUGCCAAAACGGACAAGCCAGCCGAGGAAGAGGACCUCCCGGAUGAUAGAGAUGAUGGAGAUAGUGAGAACAGUGAUACUGAUGAAGAGGAGAUGGAGAGAUUGAGCUUUACCCUCAAGCAGUUGAUCCGAAAGCUUCACAUCAAUGAUCCAGUAGACAGUGUCAUGUGCCUCCUUGGAAAGAGGUACCCUGAAGACAUGGAGUCCUUCUACCAGAGCCGUCUUCCCGGUACGUGGGACCCUGAGAGGGCGGGUAAGAGGAUGAAGCUUCCUACCCCAGAGACCUGGGAGACACAGGUCUCACUGAAGGGCAAUAAAGCACCGGUCUGGGAACAACUCAUUGACAACAAGAAACUGCCGUUCAUGGCCAUGCUGCGCAACCUGCGCAACAUGAUAGCUGCCGGGAUCAGUGAGAAGCACCACAAGUGGGUCCUCUACAAGCUGACCGACAGAGGCUCGGUGGUCAACAGCAAGCAGUUUCCUUUCCGGUUCUUCUCGGCUUACGAGGUGCUUCAGAGCAUGGAGCGUGAACUGGAGAAAGCAGAUAAACUGAAAUUGCAGUUGGCCUGUGGUGUAAGACCCCCUCAACCAAGAGGCAAGCGGGCCAGAAAGGAAGACCAGGUACCCAAGUGGAAACGUGCCAAGAUGGAGAAGAAACUCAGUGAGCUGCCAUAUGACAUUACCAUCUUGAACCGCUACCGCAAGGCCCUUGACACUGCAGUCAAGAUCGCCACCAGUUACAAUGUGAAGCCAAUCCCCGGCAAGACGCUUCUGCUUUGCAAUGUUGGUAGUUAUAUGGAUACCCCUUGCUCCUCUGCCAAGGGGCUUGGAAAGAAGAGAACUGUGUUGGAGGUCGGUAUCCUGUUGGGUCUGAUGUGCAAGUAUUCCUGUGAGCACUGCGACAUGCGCAUCUUCGCCAGCAGCGCCCAUUCCGCCGUAGAGCUGGAAUCUGGCACCAUCCUGGAUAACAUGACCAGCGUCUUGAGCCAAGCCCGGAUCAUAGCACGCCAAGAAGUACAUGGGCAAGGACUAGAUCCCACCAUUCUGGGGGAAAUUCUGAGAGAUAGGGUCGAGCUGGAUAACCUUGUUAUACUGAGCACCUCCUCUGCGCACGGAGGGAAGGAAACGGAAAUGAUAUCUGAAUUCCUGUCCAAGUAUCGGCGUGUCGUCAAUGAGAAUCUGCUCUACGUCAAUGUCGACUUGAGCGGAGGCAGAUGCAGUAUGACUACAUCGGACACUCCUUCCCAUCCAAACGAUAUCUUCAUUGCGGGAUACAGUGAUCAGAUCUUGAGGUUCAUCGCUGAGAGGGGCGAUACUGGACAGGUCACUCACGUCCAGAACAUUGACAAGGCAUACAAUCUCACUGAUUGCAAGAUCAUUGGUGGAAAGAAGAAAACUCUGGUUUCUCCAGAGAUUCCUUUAGCUCUACCGGCUUCCCAACAGACCAGAAGGCACCAUACUUUACGUGUCUUCAUCUCCUCCACGUUCCGCGACAUGCACGGCGAGCGCGACCUCCUGACCCGGUUCGUCUUCCCGGAAUUGCGGGCCAAGGCGCGCACCCGCUUUGUCAACCUGUACGAGGUAGAUCUGAGGUGGGGAGUCAGUGAGGAACAGACAAGACACAGCAGCUCUGUAGAGAUCUGCUUACGGGAAGCCAAUCGGUGUGAUCUCUUCAUCGGCAUCCUGGGAGAUCGCUAUGGUUACGUCCCAAACGACUACCCCGAUAUGAGCGACAUUGAAGACUUCGACUGGCUGUCGGCUCAUCCCAAAUCGCGUUCAAUCACCGAGUUGGAGAUGUAUCACAAGGCUCUCAGAAACUGGGGGACAAGCAACAAUGCUUUCUUCUUCAUCAGAAACUCAGAAUUCAUCAAGAAUGUCCCAAACAAGUUGAGAAGUCAGUUUGUUGAUGAGAAUACCCAGAGGAAGGAGAGACUCGCCAGCUUGAAGGAUACCAUCCGUACCAGUGGCUGUGAGGUCUUUGACGGUUACCCAUGCCAUUUUGGUGGGGUAGUAGGCGGUAAGCCAGUUGUCGUGAACCUGGAGGAGUUUGGCCGCCGUGUCAUCAACAAUAUCUGGAACUACAUCAAGCAUGCAUAUCCAGAAGAUGGUGAGAUCCUUGAUGAAGUAGUUCAUGAGAGAGCACAGCAUGACAUGUUCCUCCAGUCACAGCUAGCAACCUUUACCGGUAGAAAGAACCAGGUCAAGCAGUGUUUGGAUAUCAUCAAGAAACCUGAGACAGGGUUGUUGAUGGUCACAGGAAAGCAGGGGUGCGGCAAGACGGCUUUACUGGCCUCUGUAGUGGACACUCUACAGAGCAGAUCUAUCCAUCCCAUUGUUCACUUUGUCGGCGCGGUGCCAGGAUCAAGCCACGUGUCUCCGCUUCUCAAGAGACUCUGCAAUGAGCUCGGCCGUCGGUACGGUCUCCAGAGCCAAGUUCCUCAAGAAUACAAGAACCUGGUAUCUGAAUUCCCAAGAUUCCUAGAGGAAGCAGCGAAGCAUGUUGACUCAGCAAACAAGCUGAUCAUUGUUAUUGAUGGCGUGAGCGGUAUGGACACAUCUCACCAAGCCCACAACCUGGACUGGCUACCACAGAAUAUCCCUCAGAAUGUGGUAUUUAUCUUGAGUGGAGUUGCGUCAUCACCAGCCCAUGCCGCUGCAGUCAGACGCCAGGCCACUGUCAUUGAACUAGGACCCCUAGACCUGAUGGACAAGGCAGAGAUGGUCAGAAGAACACUGGCUGCCCAUCACAAGACACUGGAUGAAUCACCAUUCAAUAACCAGAUGAAGCUACUUGUAUCAAAGAGAGAGGCCAAUCUACCUCUCUUCCUAAAGCUAGCAUGUGAGGAACUGCGUGUCUUUGGAGUGUUUGAAGAGGUUUCCACUCGUCUGAAGGCGAUGUCACACACCAUAGGGACACUCCUCCAGGAGGUACUGAAGAGACUGGAGGAUGAUCAUGGUCAGGAUAUGAUUACUGUGGCCCUGGCAUUGCUGGUCUCUACAAGAGAUGGAUUAUAUGAGGAGGAUCUGCACUGCCUGCUAAGUCUAGACAGACAACUCAAUCAAAGCAAGUACACCUACAACCAAGUGAUAAGAACAGGCCUGGGUCCUGAGGUCAUGCUACCUCAAGCUGAAAUGUCAAGAUUAGUACGAGGGAUCAAAUCACUGCUGGCACCUACUGGCGAGCACAGUGACCAUAGAUUAAGGGUCAGUCAUGGUCAGAUAAGCCAGGCCAUUGUCCAGCGCUACAUGAAGGGGGCUGCCAGUGAACUCCAAAUCAGAACUCACGCAUUGCUUGCAGGUUACUUCAAUCACCUAUCAAGGACUAAGAACGCUGCAUCUCCUUGGUGUACAGACUAUCCCCAUGCUCUCACUGAGAUGCCAUAUCAUCUAGUACAGGCUGGAUUGUUUGCUGAACUCAAGAAUGUUCUGUCGGAUCCGUUCUUCAUCCAGGCCAAGUGCUCCUCGGGGCUGACGGCGAGUCUCCUGGAAGAUUUCCAGGCUAACACAUCCACCACUUCCAAGGCAAUCCUUCGGGAACGCGAGAAAUUCUUGACCAACCCUCUCAUCACCGGCUUGCGCUCUUUCAUCUCUCGACACCUCCACAUCCUGACCCUCUGCCCAGGGUUGCUAUGGCAACAGGCAAUGAAUGAACCAAACAACUCCCUCGUCCGCGAUGCCAUGCUGGAAUCUGCGGGAUCGGGAGGGAAGGGUAUGGUGGCUUGGAGGAACAAGAGAGAAACUGCCGAUGAGUGCACCAUGACCCUGACAGGGUUCACCGAUGCUGUGCUGUGUGUAGCUAUAGCUCCUGGAGCUCAGGUCUUUGCUGUCGGGACCAAGAACUGUCAGCUCAAGCUAUUUGAGAUGGAAACUGGCAAGGAAUUGAAGAGCUUCAUUGGCCAUUCUGAUGCUGUGACAUCUUGUUGCUUUGUUGGUAAAAGCCGUCUUGUGUCGGCCUCACGUGACAAAACACUGAGUCUUUGGGAUGUGGAGCAGGGCUUCAGGGUCAACACGCUGAAGGGUCACAGGGGGCUCGUCAGGUGCAUCUCCGACUCCAAGGGGGUCAACCUGGCUUCCUGUGGCUGGGAUUGCCUCCUGAUCUGGGACGGCCGCAGCGGCAAGCAGACCUCGGACAUCACCGAGCCACGCCCCAUCAGCUGUCUGUCCUACCAUCCAGAUGGGAAGCUUCUCGUCACCGGGUCGUGGGAUGCCACGCUGAAGAUCUGGGAUACCUUCAACAAGAAGAGGGUGGCUAUUCUGCGCGGUCACCGUUCUUCCGUCCGUGCCGUGACCUAUUCACCAACUGGUCGUCACAUUGCAUCUGCGUCACUAGAUGGCGCUGUCAAACUCUGGUCGGCAGACACCGGAACACAGGUCGGCAGUCUGUGCGGCCAUUCUCAGCCAAUCAACCAUAUUGCUUUCUCAAAGAACGGGAGGGAGCUGGUCACUGUGAGCAACGACCACAAAACAAAGGUUUGGUCUGGCAACCUCGGUAAACAGCUGGCUACCUUCAAGGGCAAGGACCAGUCAGCAUCCACCCAAGCCACCUUCAGCCCGUACGGCGAGUACGUUGCCAUGGGAUACCAUUCCGGAGAGGUCAAGGUCAUCGAAGUUGCCAGCAAGCGCGAGGUCUUUGCCUCGGUGCUAAGGGAGUCGCGGGUCAAAGGAAUCGCCUGGUUGGACGAUAGCAAGGAUGGUUUGACCUUCUUGGUGGGUUACGAGAGCGGACAUGCUGUGAUAAUCAAGGGGGUUGAUAAGUCCAAAACAACUGUAGUCCCACUCAAAGCAAAUCAUGCAGCCAUCACCAGCCUGGCUUACUCCAACGCCACCCACACAGCCGCUAUCACCUACGACAACAUGUGUGUCGCCCUUUGGUCAUAUCCGUUGGCUGCCAAAGCCGGCGCAAAGGAUGGAAUCCCACCUACAAGCCUCCUGCAUCCUAAGUGUAAUGGAGUCAUAACAUGUUGUACAUUCAGCCCAAGCGGAGAUAGGCUGGUUCUAGGAACAAGAGAUGCUAUGUUGUUUGUUUACGAAGUAUGGGAAUUAAAUUCAGAAUCUCAGCCUGUCCUUCAUCUUGAUAACUGUCACAAAGAUUGGAUCAAUUCAUGUGCUUGGUCACCAGCCACCAAUGUCUUGGCCACUGCAUCCAACGAUUCUACCAUUAAACUAUGGGACAUGAAAACAGGAAAGGUCAAAUCUCACCUCAAAGGUCAUCAGGCAGCUGUCUACUCGGUUGCCUUCUCUCAUGGGUGUGUUGUAUCGGGAUGCCUGGAUGCAUCGGUCAAGGUCUGGUCUCAUCGUGGUGUGGAGAUCACCACUCUCUAUGGUCACUCACAGAAGGUCAACAAGGUGGACAUUCAUAUACCAGAAAGAGGAAGCAAUGUUCCUGCAAUAGAUGUCGAUAGCGAUGAUGAGUGGGACGACACGUCUGGAGCCAACUGGUCAGAUAUGAUGGCAGAAGAAGAAUGGAAGAAUCGUCAUGAGAAGAAGAAGUUGGACAAAGAUGCUAAUAUCAACCUGGAAGAGAUAAUGAUUGCGUCGGCCAGUGAUGAUGGUACCACACAGUUAUGGAAACCCCUACAGAGUAAUGAAUUGACCACGCUGAUUGGUCACUCAGACCGGGUGUUGAGUGUUGCUAUGGCAACCAGCGGUCAGGUGGUCACUACCUCCAUGGACUGCACAGUCAAGAUUUGGAAGCCCCAGCUUUCUCCCGACCUCGUCCACGUAGGAGCCCACGAUGCCGAGGUAUCAGCCGUUGCCAUGUCAACCAAGACUAACUUUGCCGUCACUGCAAGCAGGAAUGGCAGUGCUUGUCUAUGGAAGGUGAAUGGGUCUAACAAGGGAGAAGGCCAAUCAAUGACACUCCUUCAUUCAUGGAUGGCUGCGGAGUGCGCCAUCAAUGCAGUUUGCUUCAUUGGAAAGCAUAUGACCCUCGCCUUGGGUAAGGAUGAUGGCAUCAUCACACUUUGGAAGAUACAAGAACUCAAGGACAAACCCGGAUCAUACACAACCUUGCAAGGGAACAAUCGUUUCUUGAAUGUGUACUCCUUCACCUCCAUGUCGAGCCCGGUGACCUGUCUCAGGUACGAUGAUGCUCAAGACAUCCUGUACGUCGGCACGUGGAGCUCGGUUAUUACCCUAAGGGGUUUCACCUCCAAUAAGAUCAAACAGAAUGCAAAGGGGUAAUGUACCUGCUGGGUAUUGGAAAUGACCUUGGUCAAGGAUAAAGGUGUCGGAGCAUCUCUUACUGAUGGCAAGGUGGUGUGUGGCAAGGAGAAAACUAUUGGACGCUUGAUAUAUGUGAGCUGUUCAGUCCCAGUCUCCUGGUGUCACUCCUUGAUCGUUUUCUCUCCUCAAAUAAGCAACCCUAGAGGAUUCCUGGUUGGAGAUUCUGAUGGUCAUGUGAUGCAUGUUAGUGACAACAGGAUGAUCAAUGUGAUCAAACAGCUGAAGGGAGCAGUGACUAGUCUAGCUCUCAGCCAGGAUCACAUCGUUUCAGCCUCCAGUGACGGCACAGUGAAGUUCUGGAACAAAGACUUUUCCAAACAGGGAAUUGGUUUAUAUUUAUAUCGGAAGUACUCCUCUCAAUACAGAUGUAGAUGCCAUAUGUCUAAUGAUUAA